AUGAAUGUUUAAUAAAUUUAAUUUCAAGAAAAAUAAAUAAGUGAAAAGUUCUACAAAAUCUUUUUAUCUAGAAAUAAAAUAUUUUGCAAAGGAUUAUUAUUAAGUGGGUCAGAAAAUUUUAAAUUUAUAUUAACAUUUUCUUUAAUUAAUAUUGCAAUAAUAAUUCAUUAUGCUAUAAUAUUAAAAAGAUUAAAAUAAUAUAUUUUUGUUAUAGUUUUUCAUAUUUUUACAAAUAUUUUUAUGAUUUUAGUUAACUUUUCCGACCCAGGAAUAAUCCCUAAAAUAGUAUUUUAAAUGUAAAAAAUAAAUUUUUUAACAAAAUUAUUAAAAAAGAAUUCUAAUAUCGAAAUUAAUAAAGAUUUUUUAAAAAUUCCACUUAAAGAUAUUAUUAAAAAUGGUGAAUACUAAUACAAAUAUAUUCUUUAUUUAAUUAAAAAUAAAUCUCAUUUAUUUAAAGUUAAAUUUUGCACAACAUGUGCUAUAUAUAGACCUCCAAGAACUUCUCAUUGUUCCAUUUGUGAUAAUUGUGUAGAAAGAUUCGAUCAUCAUUGCUUUUGGUUGGGAACAUGUAUUGGAAAACGAAAUUAUAGAUUUUUUUUUUUUUUUCUAUUUUUUGUCUGUAGCAUAUGUUUGAUUGUUUUAAUUUAAAAUAUUGAAAUUUUAAUUACAGAAAGUUAACAAAAGGAAGACUAUUUGAAUAAUAAUUACCUAUCUAUAAUUUUGAUUAUCUAUAUUUUUAUGAUUUUUGUUUUUUCCUUUAUUCUAUUUGUUUUUCAUAACUUUUUAAUUUUUCAAAAUUUAACAACAAAUGAGUACAUUAAAAAAAUUUGGAGAAUAAAAAGCAAAAAUCCAUUCUAAAAGUUUAAUACUAAUAAUAAUAUAUAAUAUAUUAAUUAUUAUUUCUUAUUUUAUUUUUUAUGA